ACCCUCUCGGCUGUGGGAAAGAGCUGCCCGCUCUCACGGUCCUCGUGCAAGCAAACGUGAGUAAGAGAGAGCUCGAUCACGAGACUGUGGGAGUGAAAGGCUAGCUAGCAGAGUGACAAGACACACACGCACAAACACACGGAUACCAAAGAACCUUAGUUUGCCACAUUUCGCACAAACUUUUAUCUCACUGGUCCUUUGUUCAGAGACUUGUUGAGAUGGGUCGCCGGCUCUUGUUGGUACUGGCGGCGGCGCUCGCGAGCCUCGUGCCGCUGUUGAUCUCGUGCCAGGCGGCGACGACGCCGACGCCGUGCGAGGCCGCGAGGCGCGGCAGCGGGCACCACCAGUACAGGCAGCCGGUGGGCGUGCGGAGGAUCGUGGUGGACGCGACCGGCGCCGGCGACUUCCUCUCCAUCCAGCAGGCCGUGGACUCCGUGCCGGCCAACAACACCGUGCGCGUCAUCAUGCAGAUCAACGCCGGCUCCUACAUAGAGAAGGUGUUGGUGCCGGCGUCGAAGCCGUACAUCACGUUCGAGGGCGCCGGGCGGGACGUGACGGUGGUGGAGUGGCACGACAGGGCGAGCGACCGCGGCCCCGACGGGCAGCAGCUCCGCACCUACAACUCCGCCUCCGUAACCGUUCUAUCCAACUAUUUCACCGCUAAAAACAUCAGCUUCAAGAACACGGCUCCCGCACCGAUGCCCGGCAUGCAAGGGUGGCAGGCGGUGGCGUUCCGCAUCUCGGGCGACAAGGCCUUCUUCUUCGGCUGCGGCUUCUACGGCGCGCAGGACACGCUCUGCGACGACGCCGGCCGCCACUACUUCCGCGACUGCUACAUCCAGGGCUCCAUCGACUUCAUCUUCGGCAACGGCCGUUCCCUCUACAAGGACUGCGAGCUGCACUCGACGGCGCAGCGGUUCGGGUCGGUGGCGGCGCAGGGGCGGAACGGGCCGUGCGAGCGCACCGGCUUCGCCUUCGUCAACUGCCGGGUGACCGGCACGGGGCAGCUCUACGUCGGGCGAGCCAUGGGGCAGUACUCGCGGAUCGUGUACGCCUACACCUACUUCGACAGCGUCAUCGCGCCCCGCGGAUGGGACGACUGGGAUCACACCAGCAACAAGAGCAUGACGGCGUUCUUUGGGAUGUACAGGAACUGGGGACCCGGCGCCGACGCCGUGCACGGCGUGCCGUGGGCGCGUGAGCUCGACUAUUUCUCCGCACGCCCGUUCCUCGGAAAGAGCUUCGUCAACGGAUUCCACUGGCUCGCUCCAGAUGUCUGAAUUUUGACACAGUUUUGAGCACUGGAGAUUACAGCAGACAUGUCACAUGAUUCAUUCGUACAGCACAGGCAUAGUAGACUCGAUAGUGGAAUAAUAGAACAGCUAGCAUCAAUUCAUGAUGUACAAAUGAGCUAGUACAGUAUAGAUUCAUUUCAUCGUUUAAAACUUCCAAGGGUGGUCACAAGUUCCACCGCAAAGAAAGAAAAGAAAAUGUAGUUACAAGUUAGUAGAACCACAGCUGUGUACCAAUUUCCGGACUAAACAGCAAGUGUUUAUUCGUUCUACGUCUAUAUGUGAUGCUUUACUGAGGAUGACAA